AUGCUGAUAGAUGGAACCGCGUCCCUCGCCAUCCGUGCCCACGCGCAGCAUCUUUUGAUGGGAAACCAGCCGAGCAGCUCGAGCUCUGGCGGGCAAGGCGGGCAAGGCGGGCACCACCACCGAUCCAGUCACAGCAGCCACAGCAGCCACCACCACCACCACCACCCUCACCACUAUCCCCAACACCACCAAAAUGUGGCCCUCCCCAACCCCAUCCAGGACCUAAAGUCCCUCCGCCGCGAGUCUGUCCACGGCCUCACCGUCAAGGGCACUGCCGUCCCGCCCUGCGCCUCGCUGGAGAGCGCCCGCCCCGAGGUCACCACCCCCGCUCCAAGCUCCACGGAUAUCGUCUCCAACGUCGCUAGCACCCUCCGCGCCGCCCACGAUAACACCACCACAGCCACUCUCGCCGACGACAAGAUGGGCAAUGAGCAGAGUCGUCACCGCCAGGGCCGCGACGGCGCGUCGAGCAGGUCGAGAAGCGCGCCCUCGUCCGAGAAGCCCUCGCCGUCCCCGCAGCUGCAGUCGCAGCCUCCGCCCGUCGAGCCCGUCGACAUACCCACGGCGCCAGCUACGGCACCCAACGCCGACCAGAGAGGCGAUCCUCUCGACCCUCCACCUCCUGCAGAACCCGAUCCUCUGUUUGCCGAAGAGCGCGAGUACUUUGUGCCGCCACCGCAGUUUGUACGUCCCCCGCGCCUCCCGCUGCCUAUUGAGGAGGAACCGCACACGCCUGGCUCGCCCAUCAUCUCCCCCGACAGUGGCGCUCUGGAUGAUGACCAAGAAGUUUCUGGCCUGCCCCGCCGCGCCUCGGUGCUGAGUAGCACAACGGCAGACGACGACGAUCUGGGAGAUGAGGAAGAGCCGCAGACGAAACCGACAGUGCCUACACUUAUCGAGUGGGAAGGUCCAGGCAAGGCCGUAUAUGUCACAGGCACAUUCGUAGAUUGGAAUCGCAAGUUCAGGUUACGUCCAAAUGGCCCAAGCAAGAAGAAAGAUGUUCUCUCCACAAUCGUCAAUAUCGUCCCCGGAACCCAUCACAUCAUGUUCCUCGUCGAUGGAAACAUGAUCACCUCCGACAAGCUUCCGACAGCGGUAGACUACACAAACAUCCUCGUCAACUACCUCGAGGUGUCGUACGAUGAUGUCCCACAACAGGCCACGGGCGCAAAGGACGCAGCAGCAGUGGCAGUGCCUGCUGCGGGACCCGUGCAAGAACUCCGCGCCCCGCCAGGUGUCUACCCACCUCAAACCCUCCCGCCGACCCCUGAACUCGUACCUGUCCAGCAACCUGCACCGACGCAGCCAAAAUCUCCCGUAAUAGUGCCAACAGUAGGAAAAUACCAUUCGGUGAUUCCACGGUAUCUGCUCGACCUUGACGCGCCAGAAGACUCCUCUCGCUUCGCGCGAGCGAACGCCGUCACGAAUACGAAUAGUCCAGACAGCCCAAUCCCCCCACCGCCUACGCUACCCUUGUUCCUGAACAAGAGCAUCUUGAACGGCGCCACGCCGAUGAAGGAUGACAGCAGUGUGUUGAUCAUGCCGAAUCAUACCGUGUUGAACCAUUUGGCGACCAGUUCGAUCAAGGAUGGCAUUCUUGCGACGAGCGCAACGACAAGGUACAAGAAUAAGUUCCUCACCACUAUCAUGUAUAAACCAAAGGGCACGGAAGCCUGA